GCGCUGCGCAUGCGCUUUGCCCCCCAUCAACCGAAAGCAGACUCUGCUUUGUUGUGAGCAUCGGUGCAGAGACUUUCGGCGCAGUCAGCUGGUAUUUUCCAACCUUCCUGCGACGCAUUUCCAGCGCACUCGCCGGACAGUAAAUGUUGUCAGUCCGCUUUAAGGCCAGUCUGCCGUCUUUCCGCCGGCUGGAAGUCUCGGGCGACAGAAGUCUGGAGCUGCUGUAUAUAAACAAAACGCGGCGAGCUGCUUCUUAAGGUGGCGCGCCGGAGACAGCUGGGAGACGGGCUUCGGUCGUCGGCUUGCAGUUUCGUCAAGUGAGCCAAGUUCGCGUCGCUCGUUCUGGCCAGUGAUGGAGGCGGCCGUGCAACUCUGUUAGGAGUCCAACUCCGACAGGGAGCCGUGCGAACAUGAGAGAAGAGGACAGUUUGCUGCCGGGAAGCCAGUCCAUGGCAAGCGAGAGAGGGGGUGAACGUCCCUGCAGCUGCCCCCGCUCGACACAGGAGAAAGGACGAAGCCCCCCAGGUUAUUUGUCCAGGUCUUAGUGGGAGAAACUCGGACUUUCGGACAUGGAGGCGGUGGGGAAAUUCGAGUUCAGUCGGAAGGACCUGAUAGGACAUGGCGCUUUUGCCGUCGUGUUCAAAGGCAGACAUCGAGAGAAACCUGACUGGGAGGUGGCAGUGAAAUGCAUAAACAAGAAGAACUUGGCCAAAUCUCAGACGCUGCUGGGGAAAGAGAUCAAAAUACUGAAGGAGCUGAAACAUGAGAAUAUCGUUGCAUUACUGGACUUUCAGGAAACUCCCAGCUCAGUGUACCUGGUAAUGGAGUAUUGCAAUGGCGGAGACCUUGCCGACUACUUGCACUCCAAAGGCACACUGAGCGAGGACACUAUUCGGGUUUUCCUGCAGCAAAUAGCAGGAGCCAUGAAAGUCCUGCAGACCAAAGGAAUAAUCCACCGGGACCUCAAACCUCAGAACAUUCUGCUCUCCUACCCAUCGGGCCGAAAGUCUCACUCCAACAACACCUGCAUCAAGAUCGCGGACUUUGGCUUUGCCAGAUACCUUCAGAACAACAUGAUGGCUGCGACACUUUGUGGCUCUCCCAUGUACAUGGCACCUGAAGUGAUUAUGUCCCAGAACUAUGAUGCUAAGGCUGACUUGUGGAGUAUAGGAACCAUCGUGUUUCAGUGUCUAACUGGGAAAGCUCCUUUUCAGGCCAGCAGUCCUCAGGACCUCCGCCUGUUCUAUGAGAAAAACAAGAAUCUAAGUCCCAAUAUCCCCAGAGAGACUUCAAGUCAUCUGAGGAACCUGCUGCUGGGUCUGCUGCAACGCAACCACAAGGAUCGCAUGGAUUUUGAUGAGUUUUUUACUCACCCUUUCCUGGAUGCAAGCUCAUCUAUUAAAAAGUCCAUCCCUGCAGUGACCAUGACCUGUUUACCCAGUUCUGCAUCAGCCAGCUCUUGUAGCAGCUCCUCCACUUCUCACCUUGCCUCGCCACCGCAGUCUCUCGCUGAGACUCAGCAUCUGCGUGCCAAAGUUCCGGCGUCUCCAACCCAGGAGGCUGCAGGUGUUCUCCUGAAGGACUCGUCUGGAGCGGGCGGCAGCAGCAAGAACUCCUCCUCCUGUGAUACAGAUGACUUUGUUAUGGUGCCGGCUCAUUUUACAACAGGUGAACUGACUUGUGAGAAUAAAGUGCUGCAGGACAGUCUCAUGAACAGCGGAUCUCUUUUGGCUUCAGCUGGUCUGUGUAACCAAGCCAAAACACCGCCGCACUCUCCUUCUUACAGUGGAUCUCCAAGUCCUGUCAGGCCCGCCGAGACCCUGGGAAGUAAUUGCUGUGGUAACUGUGGAAACCACGUUCACUCAUUGCCUAUCCCAGUCCCCACUCAGGUCCAGAACUUCCAGCGCAUGGAGUUGAACCUUCAGUCUACCAAACAGGAUGGCUCGCCAAGGCUGUCGACACCGGUGCGCCGCUGCAGCAGUGGGAGCUUGGUGGGCUAUGCUAGACCAGGACCCUCAGGCCCGUGGCAGGUAGCAGUCCCCACCUCCCGCAGGCUUUCGCUGGGAGGAACCAGAACGUUCCAGAUUUCUCCUCAAGCCCCCCAGCAUGUUGAAUCGAGGCAGACCGCUCAGCAGCCCCCACAGGCAGCAGGGCUCGGCACACGGCUCCACAGCGCCCCCUGUCUGUCGGAGUGCGCGACUGGUGGCGGCAGGCAGAAAAUCAAGAAACAGCACUCAGACCCCGUGGCUGUCCCCCAGGCAGGGCUGAAGCCUGUCCGCCCCCUCCACUCUUCCCCCAGACUCAGCGAGCUGAUGCAGCGUAACCCUCUUCCUACCAUCCUGGGAUCACCUUCCAGGGCUAUCCCUCCAUUUGAAUUCCCAAAGCCGCCAAGCUCUCCGAACCUUGUGACCUUCCUGACACAGACGGGUUUGGUUGUUGGUUCGCCUGGCAGCAGGACUGCCCCGGGAGAGCUCAGAGACCUGGGACAACAAGGACCGACCCCGUCCACCAGCCCCGUUUGCUGCGUCCACAGACUAAAUGACGAUGGCAGGAGCUUUGGAAGGUCACAGAGUGCGGGCCGGCUGUCUGACAUGCUGCUGAUGGCUGCGUUUGGAGCAGGAGGAUAUGCCGGAGACCGGGGCAGUACGGAGAACCUGGCCUCAGAAAAAGCCGUAGACAUAACAGCUCCCCCUGUUGGUGGCUUUGCGCCUGGUUCUUGCAGUCCAGCACAGGUGAUUUUCACUGUUGGCUCUCCACCAAGUGGCAGUACCCCACCUCUCACCUCCAGACAGAGGAAAUGUUCAGGUUCCUUCAGUUCGGGCAGUCCGGCCGGCUCGUUGACCAGUCGCUACCCGCAAACAGGCACCUAUCCCGAAGGCUUUGAGGCCCUGCCCAGCCCUCGCUACAGUUUCACCGAUCCUAUCACAGCUAACAUGGGGGGCGCGGUGACCUUUGAGGUCCCCGAGCUGCCCGAGGAGACGUUGAUGGAGCAAGAACACACAGACACCGUGCAGCAGCUGCGUUUCACGUUGGAGUUUGCCCUCUGUCUGAUGGAGGUGGCUGGCGCGCGUGGUCCUGUCAAAGCGGGCGACGACUCCUACCCCUCUGUCCUUCAGCAGCAGAGCCUGGUAGCGGAUCAGAUAAGCUCUCUGAGCAGAGAGUGGAGUCAUGCUGAACAGCUGGUGCUCUACCUUAAAACCGCAGAACUCUUGUCUACUGCCUUACACACAGCCAUGGAGAGAGUUAAACAGGGCAAACUCUACCCCUCUGCUACUGUCAAACAAGUGGUGAGGCGGCUGAAUGAGCUGUACAAGUCCAGCGUGGCAUCCUGCCGCAUGCUCAGCACUCGACUGGAACACUUCUUCUCCAGGAAGCAUCGUCUAAUGGACCAGAUCACCUCCAUCACAGCUGAGCGGCUGCUCUUUAGCCACACUGUGCAGAUGGUUCAGACUGCUGCACUGGAUGAGAUGUUCCACCAGGGGGAGGCGUCGAUCCUGCGUUACCACAAAGCUCUCCUGCUAAUGGAGGGCCUGUCUCUGCUCCUCACUGAACAGGAUGACAUCCUCAGUGUUAGCAAAUGCAAGGAAUGCAUUGAACGGCGCCUCACAGCUCUGCAGUCAGGCCUCUGCGUCUGACUGCUGACGCCGUACAACUCUCCAUUUGCACU